CUCUGUAGCCCUCUCACUGAGUGAUCCCUGGCUAUACGUAUAUGAUUACAAGUGUUUCCCUGAUCACUUAAUUUCGGGGAAUCACUUAAAAAACUGCGAGCUAGAAUCUACGAGCUUCUACAACUGGAUAUAUCAAUAUGUGAUUGAUAUAAUAUAUAUACUUACAUUUGGUGUCUAGAGUCAAAUUGAAGAAACAAAAUGCUUCGUUUUAUUUAUUUUGUUCUUCAGUUUGGAUAUUUUGUGUCCUUGGUUUUAUCUGUGAGCACUGGAUUCGGGAAAAUUGUGCAACGUAGAGAAAAGCCCGAUCGAGUGCGACGUUCUACUCAAGAUGGCGGCGAUUUACCGCCUCUUCCAAUGAUGGGUGGAUCACAUCAAGGAGGAAGUUAUCAAGCCGGAAGCUAUCAGACAGGACAAGGAAGUGACUCGUCGGGUGUUCAGAUUCCAAAUUUUGAACCCGAAUAUCGUUCUUAUGAUGUUUCUCAAGAUUUAGGUGGACAAAGCGGUGGUUCUGGUCAGACCAGUUCAGGCAGUAGACUUUACAACAGUCGGCCGGAUAAUUCGUAUGGCACACAAGAUUCAAACAGACAAAAUGUGUACACCUCCGGCGGAAGUGGCGUCAAUCCAAAUUAUUAUCCGGGUAACACAGGAAGUGGAUCGACUAUUUAUAGGGGCGGUAGCAGUAGUUACUAUCCCUCUGGAAGCGGCUCUGCUGUGUAUCCUAUAAACAGGGGCAGGGCGACGGCUCCAAAUACAGGCGGCAUGUCCAAUGAUCCAAAUUGUCCAGCACCUGGUGGUUAUGAUGUUUACAUCAAUGGGUUAAGGUGCAACGAGGCAGUUCGUACGUUAGGAAAAUUUAUUUGUUAUACAUAUGAAAGAUCUUCCAGUGAUUGCUGCGAAACUUGUCUUGCUGUUAAACAAAGUUACAAUACAGGCUGCGAAUACGGAGACCGAAGUUUCCAGUGCAGAAACAUUGAGGCAUUUGAUUGUUACGUAGCAAGAACACGUGACAUCUGCUGUGACAGAUGUGCUCAGUACCUACGCCAACUCAAUACAGGUGUUGCAAAUUGUGCUUAUGGAGACCUCACGCCUCGCUGUGCCGUAAUCAACCAAAAGCGCCAUCUAUGUUACUUACCUGAAAACCAGAGAUUGUGUUGCAUUACUUGUCCCCGGGUUGCCACGGAUUCAACCCCAGAUUGCCGUUGGGGUGAUCAGAACCCAGAACUGUGUACCCCAUACACUCCAAACGGUAUAAUGAGGAUCAACUGCUAUCAGAGCUCUGUCAAACAGGUGUGCUGCAGAACCUGUGAACACAUCAAGAGUAGCAUUAGGAGCCCAGUAGCAGGUUGUGAGUACGGUGACAAGCCUGUGUCAAUUAAUACACCACGUGGUACACUGAACUGUGCCAACUACAUACAUUAUGCCGGAGAGACGGCGUGCAAUGACAGCGAGAUCAGAAGCUACUGCUGCCACACCUGUUACAGGUAUCAACAGGCCAGGUCACGUGCUGGUCAGUGACGUCACAAUCAUUGAGUCCACAGUGUGGUGGAACUCUGUCAUAAGUUAUUAAUGAUUUUUCUUUGACGUUCUUUAAAAUAUUUAUAUGUAAAUGAGAAUUCAUAUAAGAGCUGCCAUUAUACAUUGUACAUUGUUAUAUUUUAAUGUUAUUUACGAUAAUUAGGUGAUAUGAUUUGUUUGUUUCAAAUUUAGAUUUAUGCAAUGAUGAAAGUUCUAACUCUUUCUCUAUCAGUAUUCCGUUGGAAGUAAGAAGCUUAUUUCUUAAUAAUAAAUUAAUCAUAUUAUACAUGUAAAAUAUGUUUGGAAAUGUCAAUAAAAUAUUUUUAAAAAGUUAA